AUGUCUGUUAAGGACGGUGCUCGCUUCGACUUCAUUGUCGUCGGCGGUGGCACGGCAGGCAAUAUCGUUGCCUGCCGCCUAGCUGAAAACCCUGAUGCUAGGGUCCUUGUCGUUGAAGCUGGUAUUGGUGAUUCGAAGGAUAAUGAGGAGAUCAGGACCCCCGCACUCGCCAUGGACAUCCGAGGCAGCCAGUAUGACUGGGGCUACAAAACGACCAUGGUCAAGCGAGACGACUACGAGCGGAUUGAGAAGCCAAAUACUCGUGGAAAGGCUCUUGGUGGCAGCUCAUCCCUCAACUAUUUUUCUUGGGUGCCCGGCUCCAAGGGCACCUUUGAUAUGUGGGAGGAAUACGGCGGCAAGGAGUGGACGUGGGAUCCUCUUGUUCCCUAUCUUCGGAAGAGUGCGACUUAUCACGACGAUGCCGGCUUAUACCCGCAGAAGCUUAAGAAGAUUGGUGGGGGUGGUCCAAUUCCUAUUGCACAUGCCGACCUCAUCCCGGAGAUGAAACCUUUCCGUGACCUUCUCACCAAAGCUUGGAAGUCCACCGGCGAGCCCGUUGCCGAGAACGUCUACGACGGCACUAUCCGUGGCCUAGCCCACAGUGUCAACACGAUCUACAAGGGCCGGCGGUCGGGCAGUUUCCUUGCAGUUGCGGAUAAGUCGAACAUUACUAUCCUUCCUGGAGCCCAUUCGAAGCAGAUUAUCAUCGACGAUGCUGAUCGAGCUGCCAAGGGAGUGAUUGUGAUCGUGGGAUCUAAAGAACUUAGCCUCUAUGCUACUCGCGAAGUCAUUGUCUCUGAAGGUGUCUUUGAGUCCCCUAAGCUCUUGAUGCUUAGCGGUAUUGGACCCGCGCCUGAGCUGGCUAAGCAUAACAUCCCUUUGAUCGUCGAUUCGCGUCACGUCGGUCAGCACUUAUUGGAUCAUCCUGGUGUCCCAUUUGUUCUUCUAAUCAAGGAUGACCACUCAAUGGACAACCAUGUCCUGCGAAAGGGUCGUCUGCAAGACCAGGCUUUCUCCGCUUACUCUAACGGCCGCCACGCUGGCCCUAUGGGAUCGCCCUUCCUCGAGAUGAUUGGAUUCCCUCGCAUCGACAAGUACUUGGACAAAUCCCCUGAAUAUCGCAAAGCGAAGGAGGCAAAUGAUGGCGUCGACCCCUUUUGUCCAUACGGCCAGCCUCACUUUGAGCUUGACUUCCUCCCUCUGUUUGGCAGCGCCUUCCAGUGGCAUUUCCCGCAUCCUAGCAAGGGCAGCUAUAUGACUGUAAUGGUUGACCUUGUUCGCCCUGUCUCUGACGGCGGCGAGGUUACUUUGAACAGUGCCGACCCCUUGCAGCAAGCCAAUAUCAACUUGAACUAUUUCAAUAAUGAUCUUGAUAUUAUUGCUAUGCGCGAGGGUAUUCGAUACGCCUAUGAUGUUCUUAAGCACGGCGACGGGUUUAAGGACAUUGUGGAGGACGAGUAUCCUUGGGAUAUGCCACUACAUGACGACGAAGCAAUGAAGAGGACAGUUUUGGAUCGUUCCCAGACCUCAUUCCAUCCUUGCGGUACUACCCGGCUAUCCAAGGAUAUCAAACAGGGCGUUGUCGAUCCCGGCCUCAAAGUCCACGGAAUUAAAAAUCUUCGUGUCAUCGACGCAUCUGUCAUGCCUGUUAUUCCCGAUUGCCGUAUUCAGAAUUCUGUUUAUAUGGUGGCUGAGAAGGGUUCUGAUGCCAUCAAGCGUGACCAUGGAGACCUUUACCGUUAG